CCCUGUCAGUGGCAUCCAAUAUUUACCCACACACAGUUGACCUUCAGGGUCCUGUGUACCUGUUUUUUUUUCCAACGUUCAUUUCGGCCUUUAAGUAGUCACCUUUAAACCUAACAAACGUUAGAAUGGUCAUAUAUUUUACUUACGGGUUGCUGUUUGGAUACUUUUUAUUGCCUGGAAUCUUACUUGGGGAUUUAGCUUUCCGUUGUCCAAGUUGUACUGCGGAGCAACUAGCUUCAUGUCCUGAAGUCACAGCAGCAUGCACAGAGAUUGUGAGGGAGCCGGGCUGUGGCUGCUGUCCGGUCUGUGCCAAGCUGGAGGGGGAACUCUGCGGGGUCUAUACGACAAGAUGCUCCAGUGGGCUGAGGUGCUAUCCGAGCGCAGAUUCUGAAAUACCUUUGCAACAGCUCAUUCACGGUUUAGGACGAUGUGGACGAAAAGUAGACAUGGAUGACACAAGUCUGUACCACCAGGCUAGAAAUGAGGCACAUGGGACCGAGAAUCCACUCGGCAAAAGACCUUCCUUGGACCUUUGGAUUUGGCAGGAGUCGGCCAAGAGACAACACGUGAAUGAUCUCAAAACCAGGAUGAGGAUCAAUCAACUAGAGUACCCCCAAACCCAGAAAGAACUAAAGAGCGCCUGUGAGCAGGAGCUGGAACGAGUCUUAGAGGAGAUCUCUAAAAUGACCUCUGAGGAUAACAGAGGCCCGCUGGAGAACCUGUACGGGCUCAAAUUUCCAAACUGUGACAGACAGGGACUAUACAACCUCAAACAGUGCAACAUGUCCAACCAUGGCCAGCGGGGCGAGUGCUGGUGUGUUGACCCCUACACCGGGGUCCAGAUUCCAGAAACGCCUCGAGUCAGAGGGGAUCCCAACUGCUACCAGUUUCAGGAGGAGCCCACUGCGGCAGAUUUGUACUAGAAGUGUUUGGGUUUUCAUGAAAGUUCCAAGUCUCUGAGGGUUUUCACAUGAAUAGAGUUAUUCUGUGUACGUAUGUAAAGGAAAUCCCUUAUAUUUAAAGACUUGUUUAAUUUAUACGUUAUCCUAUCUCACAAUGUUAAGAAUAGAGGAAAACGAUCAUGUUACUGACAUCAGAGAGUUUAGACUCUAAAGACCAUGACAUUUAAAGGGUUUCUUCCGAGGUCCCUGUUUCAACCUUUAACCGAUUUCAAGAACAUUGGGCCAAUAUUUUUUCCUUUAGCCUGCUGACAGACAACAAUCGAACAAACCAAAAUGAAAACAUAACUUUCUUGGCCGGAGGUUAUGGGACUCGGACCUUAGCCCAUGUUUUCCUACUAGAAUUUAAUCUUGAGAAAAAGUAAAAAUAUGUAUUUGUUUUAACGAUAUGUGCUAGAACAUCUGGACACAGUUUUUUUUACCAAUUGUUACUCCAACUGAACCACCUUGUUCUUUAAUUUUGGGAACUAUGUUUAACUGUGGAUUAAUAUGUUAGUAAGUUCUAAUGGAUUCAUAGCAGAGGAACAGUUUUCAUUGUAAUAAAGAAGCAUGCCAGCCAGUGCAUUUAUAGAGGGAUAAAUUGCAUCAUGCUUAGGCUGCAUGGGCUAUAAUUGGUUGCUUUGGGUCAUUCUAUAGGAUUUUUUUUUAACAAAAAAAACAUACACAUAGAAUAUUUACAGCCUUGUCUUUUAAAGCUGCAAUAAUUGUUUUUUUUCCUCAAGCUAAAGUUAAGUCCUCUAGUAAACUCAACAUUUGAAACAGUCCAACCUUUAACAUAUAUGUUAGCAAUCCAAUGUCCAUUCCAGCAGACACAGAGUUAAAUUAGCAUUUGUAUCUUGACAAAAUGUACAAUGUGAAAAUGAAACAUCUGUCCAGUACUACAAAAAUACAAGACUUUUGGAUUUCUCCCAGUUGUACGUGAUAGGCUAAGGGGGCGGGACAUCUCUAAGCUGUUGACCAAUCACAAUAGAGUCGCCCAGCUAACCAAUCAGAGCAGACUGGUCUCUGGUUUCAGACAGAGGGUGGAAAGAGGUUCUGCAGCACAGGCAGUAUGAGAAAAAUAAAGAGCUUUUUGAACAUUGAAGCAUUGAGACAUGUCACAAAUACAAAUAUGAACCUGAAAAUUAGCUCAAUAAGGCCCCUUUAAAAUGACCUAAUCUACACUUCCACUGUUCCAUAAACUGACAUAAGAACAUUGAGCAUAUUUUUUACAAGUAUAUUCAAAAGUGAAUUAGUUGUCAUGAAUAGAUUUAAUUCGUGCAACUAUACUGUAUAUAUAUAUAAUAAAUGGAAUUCAUUGCUGCCUGCCUCAAGUGGAUAGUCACGACAGAUGUGAUGCAACUGUACCUUUGAAAGCUAACAAGCCUGUAAUAUACUUGAGCUGCAGUUAGACUUGUAUUUGUUUUUGGAAAUCAACAUAUCCAAGACAUGUGUGCUCAAUCUCAUUUCGGUGCCAACAAGUUUUGUAACCUUGUUUUCCUCAAUAAACACUUUGCAGGGAGUUAAUUAAAA